AUGAAAAUCGGCUAUGCACGGGUAUCAACCCAAGACCAAAACCUAAACCUACAAAACGACGCAUUGAAGGCGGCGGGCUGUGAAAAGCUGUUCACUGAUGAAGGGGUGAGCGGGGCAGUCAAAGCCCGUAGCGGCCUCGAUGCCGCACUUUUGGCCGUAGGUGAGGGCGAUACGCUUGUGGUGUGGAAACUUGACCGCCUAGGGCGCUCUUUGGGCUUCCUGAUUGAGCUAAUCGGCGAACUCGGCCAGAAGGGCGCAGGCUUCAUCGCUCUGCAGGACGGCAUCGACACGACAACAUCAGGCGGUAAGCUGGUCUUUCACAUCAUGGGCGCACUGGCCGAAUUUGAGCGCGAUCUAGUCAGCGAACGAACAACGGCAGGAAUGGCGGCGGCUCGUCGCCGUGGCAAACACUUGGGCAGACCAUCUGCCUUAACUCCUGCGCAAGUGAUACAUGCAAAAAGAACGAUAGAGAAGGGCGACGAAACUUUAUCGGGCAUGGCGUCGAUGCUCGGCGUUCAUCGGAAUACGUUGAAAAGAGCAAUAUCGCGAUAA